AUGCCAGACAAUAAAGAAGAGAAUGUAUUUGAGGAGGGGUUGCCCGCUCAGAAGCCUCAGCGCCGCCAGUCCGUUUUAUCCAAGGCCAUCAGCGAGCACAAUGAGGACGCGGAUGCACCAGACGUUGACUUGCUCCCUCCAUCGAAAGGUCUGACGACAGCGGAGGCUGAAGAAUUGCUUAAGCAAUACGGCCGCAACGAGCUUACGGAGAAGAAAACACCGAGCUGGCUGAUUUACCUCCGGGGUCUGUGGGGCCCGAUGCCUAUUGCACUUUGGAUUGCCAUCAUUAUCGAAUUUGCACUCCAGAAUUGGCCCGAUGGCGCCAUUCUUCUGGCAAUCCAGAUCGCGAACGCAACAAUCGGCUGGUACGAAACAAUCAAAGCUGGUGAUGCGGUGGCCGCACUGAAGAACUCAUUGAAGCCCAUGGCGACAGUGAAACGUGACGGCGCAUGGCAGCAGAUUGAUGCUGCUGUGAUCGUUCCUGGUGACCUCGUGAAGCUGGCAUCUGGAUCUGCAGUUCCUGCUGACUGUAGCAUCAACGAGGGCAUCAUUGAUGUGGACGAGUCUGCUCUGACCGGUGAGUCUCUACCCGUGUCGAUGGGCCCAGAGAACAUGCCGAAGAUGGGGUCGAACGUUGUGCGCGGUGAGGUGGAGGGCACUGUACAGUUCACGGGUGCAAGUACAUUCUUCGGCAAGACCGCGGCACUGCUGCAAGCUGUUGGGACAGACAUAGGCCAUAUUCAUGUUAUCCUAUCUCGUGUUAUGUUCGUGUUAUGCGCUAUCUCGUUUGCGUUGUGCUUGUGCUGCUUUAUUUACCUACUAGCCCACUUUCACGAGAGUUUCCGGAAUGCAGUUGAGUUUUCUGUGGUGGUGUUGGUGGUUUCGAUUCCGAUCGCGCUAGAGAUCGUGGUAACUACGACGCUGGCUGUGGGCUCAAAGCACUUGUCCAAGCAUAAGAUUAUCGUCACAAGGUUGUCUGCGAUCGAGACGAUGUCUGGCGUGAACAUGCUGUGUUCUGACAAGACGGGAACACUGACACUAAACAAGAUGGAAAUUCAAGAGCAGUGCUUUACGUUUGAUGGUAAAAGCGACCGGGGAUCACUGCUUGUGCUGGCUGCACUUGCCGCGAAGUGGCGCGAACCACCGCGCGACGCGCUGGACACGAUGGUCCUCAAUGCGGCAGACCUUGACGAAUGCGAUAACUACGAACAGCUGGACUUCACUCCGUUUGACCCAACAACAAAGCGCACAGCGGCAACACUUAAGGACAAGCGCACGGGUGAAGUAUUCAGUGUGACAAAGGGUGCCCCGCACGUGAUUCUGCAGAUGGUACACAACCAAGAUGAGAUCAACGAUGAGGUGGUGGAGAUCAUCGAUUCCUUGGCGUCGCGCGGUGUUCGAUGCCUGUCCAUUGCGAAGACUGAUCCACAGGAGAGGUGGUUUAUGGCCGGGAUUCUGACGUUUCUAGACCCUCCACGUCCGGACACAAAGGAUACGAUUCGUCGCAGCAAGCAAUACGGUGUGGAUGUGAAGAUGAUCACGGGUGACCACCUUCUGAUUGCAAAGGAGAUGUGCCGUAUGCUGAACCUGGAUCCGAACAUCCUGACUGCAGAGAAGCUUCCUAAGUUAAAGGAUGCAACGGACCUGCCGCCAGACCUCGGGGAGAAGUACGGUGAGAUGAUGCUUGCCGCAGGUGGGUUCGCGCAAGUGUUCCCGGAGCACAAGUUUAUGAUUGUCGAGGCACUGCGUCAGUGUGGUUAUACAUGUGCGAUGACGGGUGAUGGUGUGAAUGACGCACCAGCGCUGAAGCGUGCGGAUGUCGGCAUUGCGGUGCACGGUUCAACAGACGCGGCGCGCGCAGCUGCGGACAUGGUGUUGACAGAGCCUGGUCUGAGUGUUGUCGUGGAGGCGAUGCUGGUGUCGCGCGAGGUGUUCCAGCGUAUGCUAUCGUUCUUAACGUAUCGUAUUUCCGCAACGCUGCAGCUCGUAUGGUUUUUCUUUAUCGCAUGCUUCAGCCUGAGGCCAAUCGACUAUGGCAGCACGGAUCCUGACUUCCAGUUCUUCCACCUCCCCGUGCUGAUGUUCAUGCUAAUUACGCUGCUGAACGACGGCUGCCUGAUGACCAUCGGAUAUGACUAUGUGAUUCCAUCUGAGAGACCACAGAAGUGGAACCUAAGUGUUGUGUUUGUGAGUGCAACAAUCUUGGCCGUUGUGGCAUGUGCAUCGUCACUCCUGCUGUUGUGGGUUGCUCUGGAGGGUUACUCCGAAUCACACUACCAUAACUCGUGGUUCAAGCACUUGGGCUUUUCGAUACUGCCUCAGGGAAAAGUGGUGACAAUGCUCUACCUGAAGAUUUCGAUCUCUGACUUUUUAACAUUGUUUUCGUCGCGAACUGGAGGGAGAUUUUUCUUCAUGAUGAGGCCAGGGCUUGUUCUCUUUUGUGCUGCAAUUCUAUCGUUGACAGUGUCGUCGUUGGCAGCUUCCUUCUGGAGAAAGUCACAUCCAGAUCGCUUACUUACGGAGGGGCUUGCGUGGGGCGACAAGAGCACCGAUAGACUGUUGCCCUUGUGGGUAUGGAUCUACUGUAUUGUGUGGUGGAUUAUCCAGGAUGUCGUGAAGGUGCUUGUGCAUAUCCUGAUGGAUGCAGUUGACCUAUUUGGCUGUGUUUCUGGCACAACUGGUGGAGGUCCCAUCAAGCCGUACGCGAGCGAUGACCAUGAGACUGACUCCGCAUCUCCCAAGAAGAAGGCCAAAGCGAACGAAAGUAAUGUCGGUCCUUCUGAGCCUACCCACCAGACUGAGGAGGAGCAGAAUAGGGAUCCGAAGCAUUCCGUUUAA